GUGGGUAGCUAGAAAGAAGCUGACCCUUUUGGCUGCAUGAAGGGACAGGUGGGCUGAAAGCUGAGACUCUAAAACAUGAUCUUGAGCACGGGGAGGGAGGUGGCUCGAUUACAGUCCCUCACGGCAAACAGCAUGACUUGCUCACUUUAUAUAGCCUGGAAAGCUCUAUAUAAGACGGAAAUGCCCGGGGCUAGAGAGAGAGACAUUAUUGUGACUGCUGCUGCGAUCAUCACUGCCACCCUUGUACUGUCAGAGUUUCUCUCAAAGACCAAAGCUCUGUCUGUGCUUUGCACACUUCCUAGCUUGUACUUCCAAUUUCCUCAGACCCUCUAAAUCUUUUGAGGGCUCUUGGGGAGAGUUUACUUUCUCCCACGGCCUGCUAGGAUGCGUUACUCAGUGCCAACCACCUCUGCCCACCGCAGUCGCUAUAAUCAGCGGCGCCUACAUGCAGAGCGAUGUGUCCGAUUUCCCAAUGAUGUCCUGUUUUUGGAUCACAUCCGACAGGGUGACCUGCGACAGGUAGGGCGCUUCAUCCGGACUGGAAAAGUCUCCCUGGAUACCAUCUAUCCCUCAGGUCUGGCCGCCCUGCAUGAAGCAGUACUUUCUGGGAACCUGGAAUGUGUGAAGCUGCUUGUCAAGUAUGGGGCUGACAUCCACCAGCGGGAUGAAACAGGAUGGACUGCAUUGCACAUGGCCUGCAGUGAUGGCUACCCAGAUAUUGCCAGAUACCUCAUUUCCCUGGGGGCUCACAUAGACGUCGCCAAUGACGACGGUGACUUGCCCUCCGACCUCAUCGACCCCGACUACACGGAUCUGGUGGAGCUAUUCAAAGGGGCCACGAUGGACUGACUUGCUGCCCACCUCCCUAUGCUGAGCCCUCAUUGUCCUCACCACCUUGCCCCCUCCCCCUGGAGACCCUGGACUUGAAGCGGGGUUUGGCGGGGAGGAGCCAGAGCAGGAGUUGAGAAGUGUGCUGGGGAAGUUCUGCUGUUUAUUAAGCUCUCUCUCACAGGGUGCCCCCUCCCCAAGCCCCGCCCCGCCCAGGGCAACCUGGCCCGAGGCCCCGCAUGCACCGGGGGGUGCACUAGACUGUGCCGCUGCAGGUACCCCCCAACCGCAGCCCCCCGCCCCGGGCUUGGGCGUCCUCCCUGUGCGCACGCCUAAACCCUGGCGGGAGGGACCCCCGACGGGGAGGCCAAGGUCAAGGAGGUCCGGGGCCCCAAGGAGGCGGGGGGGGGGGAGCGGUGCUUGCGGACUCCCACUGGGGGCAGGGGGCUGCGAGCUCCCCCCGACCCUCCCCGCCCCGGGCCCCACUUUUCCGUGCUGCCCCGC